GCAAAGCUGCUGCAAACAAUUAGAAAUCCUUUAUCACCUCAGCCUGGAAUAUUAGCACCUUGCACCUUGUUCCCCUCCCUCAGUAUCUUCUCCAGGGCCAUACGUCUCCUCCAAGGCUCUCCAAAGGAACUGCUUUGUCUUCUAGAUGCCUUCUUGAGCCUGCUUGUGGCCACCCACACACUUGUAAGGAGGAGAAAAGUUGGCCUCUCAGUGACACUCUGAAAUGAGGGAAUAGAGGACGGGAUCCAAGGAGCAAGAGCUGCAGCCUAAAGACGAGAGAACAGGCCCUGAAGACACUUCUACUGAGAGGUCUGUCAUGGCCUCUCUUGGCCUCCAAGUUAUAGGCUAUAUUCUGGGCCUUCUGGGGCUGUUGGGCACCCUAGUUGCCAUGCUGCUCCCCAGCUGGCGAACCAGUUCUUAUGUCGGUGCCAGUAUUGUGACAGCAGUCGGCUUCUCCAAGGGCCUCUGGAUGGAGUGUGCCACACACAGCACAGGCAUCACCCAGUGUGACAUCUACAGCACCCUCCUAGGCCUGCCCGCUGACAUCCAGGCUGCCCAAGCCAUGAUGGUGACAUCCAGUGCAAUCUCCUCGUUGGCCUGCAUUGUCUCUGUGGUGGGCAUGAGAUGCACAGUCUUCUGCCAAGACUCCCAAGUCAAGGACAGAGUGGCAGUAGUGGGUGGAGUCUUCUUCAUCCUUGGUGGUCUCCUGGGCUUCAUCCCUGUUGCCUGGAAUCUUCAUGGGAUCCUGCGGGACUUCUACUCCCCACUGGUGCCUGACAGCAUGAAAUUUGAGAUCGGAGAGGCUCUUUACUUGGGCAUUAUUUCCUCCCUGUUCUCCCUCGUUGCUGGAAUCAUCCUCUGCUUUUCCUGCGCACCCGAGAGAAAUCGCUCCAACUACUAUGAUGCCUACCAGGCCCAGCCCCUCGCCACUAGGAGCUCUCCAAGACCUGAUCAACCACCCAAAGUCAAGAAUGAGUUUAACUCCUACAGCCUGACAGGGUAUGUGUGAAGAACGAGGGGCCAGAAACGGGGGGUGGCUGGGUCUGUGAAAACUAGUGGACAGCCCCCCUGCCCCCCCCGACCCCCCGUCAGGGCCACAGGUGAGGGACAUUGCCACUGGAUCGUGUCAGAAGGUGCUGCUGAGGAUAGACUGAUUUGGGCCACUGUAUCAAGAGAAGGCAGAAAUGGGAGCUGGUGUGACAGCAAACAGGUUGAAUUGUCAAGAUGCUUGCCAAGCCAGCCUUUCUGUUUCCUUCACCUUGGUCCAACACCCCACACACUGAGUUCUCCAACUCUCAACUCCAAACCCACCUUCCUACUCUAAGCCAGACCCCACAGGCUCCCUUCUGCCUUUUGGUUUACCUGGGAAUCCAUCCAUAAACUCACUUAUUACAUCCUAUUGACUGAUGCUUUCUAUGAUCAAAGACCCUCCCUCUGACUGAGGUUGGCUCUUAGCUCACUGCUGGAGGAUGGGGAAAGGAGGAGUAGUGGCUUUUAUGAAAAUGGCUCUAACCUCCUUCUCAAACCUCCCUCCAAAGAAAUGGAUUGGCCAAUAAUGGGCUCUGGAGCUUCCGACCCACUCUUGUUAUGUCUCCAAGUGUCCAAACUGGUUUGUGCAUAAACGGAAAUAGAGCCAUCCCACUUGUACUGAGAGAACAGAGAGCAACUGGAUGCAGGAUGCGAGAAAGGGAAGGUAGCUGAGGACCCAAAAAGACCAGAAACACUGCCUAGGGCAUUUCCCAGAAUUCGCUCGCACUUGCAGGUUGGGGAUCUAGCCCACAACUAGAGGAAAGCACAAGGAAAGAAGAUAUGGUGGAAAGCUCCAGGCAGCAGCAGACUGUCUCCACUGAGGAAGUGCCUCAGAAGCUGCAGUCCCACCUUUCACUGAAGCUCCUGCCUCCCUCUGGGGCAUCUGACCUGGCCUCCUGCUAAACAACAAGGCUAAGGGCCCUACAUGAUUGUUUCCUUAGGAAUGGGAAACUGAUUUUUCUAGAGACAGCCCUUAGCUGGGGGCUGACAGUGUGGGAGCUGUGGAGGACUGUGACAAUACCACUCCUAGAUGCUGCCCAAGAGAAAAGAACUGUGGCAUGUAAGAAGCUGGGUGGACAUGUGUGGUGGCUCCAGUAGAUAUUUCUGUUGUGCCAGAGAGAGGCAGCUCCCUUCCCCACCACAGAGAGUCUUCAAGCCUAAUAGCAAAUCAGCCCAAAGGCUGAGAUCGGACCCUGGGGUCCACCCAUAGAACACAACAGAGACUCUUGCAGACUGCAGCACCAGGUGGGCCUCCUGUCACCCUUCAUACUUCCCCCAUCAUCCUUCACCAGAAAUUCCAGUUGCUAAAAGUCAUCCAAGGGCUUCAGCAUAGAAUAAUCAAGCCCAAGGUGGUACAGCCCUGAUUUGAGUGAUAGAUGAGCUGCUGCCUGGGAUUUCAGACGAGGUCGGAGAGUAUAGAGAAUAGUUCCCAGGCAGACAGACAGCUCCAAGGCCUGAAAAUGUUCCAUUUCCCCUGGUGUGGGGGUGGGGGAAGUCAUAAACAAACCAAAGGCAUUUUCCCUCAUCAGCCUAAGCAUGAGCAACUUCUGACAAAGUCCAGUACACCUCCCCAAACCUCAGUGCCAGCACAAGGGGCCCAUUCGUUGUAUCUACAUGCCUUGCACAGUUCCACUUCCUAGCCUGAUUAAGCUGUUCUCCCAAGCUGGAAGGCGACUUUCCCCUUUCCCAAGUCUUCCUCACGCUUGAACAACUUGCUCAGCACCACCUCCUUCACUGAGCCUCCUCUGACCACUCCGUCCCUCUCCUACCCCUCCCUCAAUGUACAAAUCACUUCUUCGAUGCUUAUCAUUCAUAAUUUUUGAUGCAUAGUUAUAUUUUCAUGUGCUUAUAUCUGAUUUCACAAGUACAUUGUAAACUUUUGGAGGGUAGGGGCCAUAUCUUAGACCUCUAUGUAUCCUCCAGACUUACAGAUAAAGACUAUGUGGAAGAGUGCUGGGCACACAGUAGAUGAUCAAUAAACACUUGUUGAUUGACUAACUGUUUUAUUCAUUAAAAGAGGCCCAGACAAGACAAGUGUGAUGGAGAGAACUGGGCUAAGAAAAGGGUAGCAUGGAAAAUGGCCUUUCUUCCCACUGGGUGGAUUUAAAAUGAUAGACUUUUCUGAAGAUAUUAAGAAAGCAAGAUACCCCUCCUCCCCAGGAAAACUUUUACCUUUUCAUCUUGCCCAGGGUUCCUCCCUUUUCACAAUUCUUUCAUUUUAGUUAGUUACUGAAUUUGUUAUGUAUUUACUCCUUUCAUUUUCUGAAUCCUCAUUGUGAGGAAGGUGAAAGAGAUCUGAUUAUCUCCAUUUGGCAGAUGGGGAAACUAAGGCCCACAUAACCAAAUAGAUUUUCCCAGAGCCACACAGCUGGUGUUUGUGUCCCAGUCUCCUGACUCCCAAAAUAGGACUCUGCUGAUACAAAUAUUCACAGCCAAUAGGAAGAGCCUGCCAGAGGUCUCCAAGCUGCCUAAGGAAAACAACAUACGGCCAACAAGGUAACACUGGGGACACACAGGCUCUCCUGGCUGCCUGUGAGGGGGAUCGGGGAGAGCAGGACCGAUUCACUGAGUAUGCCACCUGGAACUGCCCCACAUGUCAUGCUGGCCACUUGGCCAGCCUGGACCCAGCUAACUGUCCUCACAGGGGAGAGGCCAAGCUUACAUUUGAAGAAGUCACAGCACCUCAGUUCCAAUUCCCCUAACUCUGGAGGUGUGGGAGUUUGGGAGGCCAAUGAGUUGGUCCCGUUCUCACCUCCUUUGGAACUAACAAAGCCUAAUUCAUAAAGAUGUUAACUGUGGCGACACUGAUGAUAAUGGAGCCCUACAAGAUUCGGCUUACCCAGUCCCCGGACCUAGUGGGCCCCAGCACACAGGAGCCUGUUACAACAGGCACUACUGCCAUUGCCUUCCCAAAGUGAGCCUUCUUUGGUGCAGAGGCUAGGACCCCGGCACCCAAGCCCAUUUGGAAAGAAUGGCAGCAGGCAGGAAUAAGGGUGCAGAGAGAGGGCUCUCUGAACAGAAGUUUAAUAAGAGAUCACAUCUCUGGUCUGGCACCGGAAACCCAAGUACCCUUGAUGGGGGGGGCCACUGGAGGUUGGAAGAUGGGGCUGCCUUGCUGACUCUGCUCUGCUGAGUGGGCAGCAGUCUGCUAUGGGAUUCAACGACCCACCACCUGGCAACCAAAGCACUUUCAGAUCUAUCAAUUUCAUUGUGUGCUCCAAAUACCCCAACGGAAUGGGUCUUUUACAGGAAACAAAACGGAGGCUCAGAGAGGUAAGUUUCCUGAAAUCAGAGUGUCAGAGUCUGAACAUAAGCUUAGAAACCCUUCCCGCAGCAAUAUAGGUCUGUGAUUCUGCUCAGAAGGUGUUAAGAGCGCCUGUUGCUCUUCAGAUUCCUGCAGCCCUCCUUUCCCAUCUGCUACUGGACUCUAAGGGCCUUUGAGGGAAACAGGGCACAGAGCUUCCCUUCAUCUUAGGAUGAGGAUGGCCUGGGAGGUCCUCCUUCCUUUUAAUGUGGGAAGAAUCUAUGGAAGGGGUUAGAAGUUCAUCCUCAACUAGAAAAACCGGGGUAGACUUGACAAAGAGCAACUGGCUGAGCAAGAAAAGCCUUUGACUGGUUUUCCCUAUGGCUCGUUGAGCAAGAAAAACCUUGAUCUAGACAAUUCCCUAGAAAUUUCCUUGAGUCUGGGUCCAUGUUAAACAGGGUUCCAUUGCCUUCCAUCAUAAAGUAAUUUAGAUUAGCCAUAGAGCAAAGGGAUAGCGAAGGCCAUUGGGUUUAUGCUCCAGCCUCAUGGCUCUGAACCUUGCACAAGGAGAUGUUUCUGCCUCCCUCAUUCCUCUGAUAAUAGAGUGACUCAUGUUUUCUCCUUCUUGGGGCCCUAGUGAUCCACUAUGAUGUCAUCAUUAAUGGGGAGGUGGAGGCUGAAACUGGCUUCCUGGUGGAAAGGCAAGUUUUGGAGAUACCUUAAUCCAACCAGUUAAACAGCCAUUCCAGCAGCUCUCUCGCCAGCCAGCCACACUAACUGCACUCUGAGUCUGUGUCAGGAAAAAUGGUAAAGGCUUUGCCGGUUACGAGGGUGAACCAGGGUAGUUUUUGCCUUGCAGGAACUGACAGCUGAUCUAGGGAAGAUAAGACAUGCACACCUAAGUGUGGUCCAAGGCACAAUAUAGUUUGUCCUGUGAGAGGGGAGAAGUGCCAUAAGAUAGGGGUGUCAGGGGGCUAGUUCAAAAAUAUGUGUAAAUCGCCUCAAAUCCCAAUCCAUACGAAACGAGGCUCUGGCACUUGCUUGAGCUUCUGGGGGAAGGAUGAUGGAAAGAAACUGCUUCCUCCAGUGGAAGGACAAUGGAAAAUUGAGAAAUAGGGUGGGGGAGAGCAAUACUGAGGAGGGGACAGGGAGACACUGCUCAGCUAACCCAAAACACCUCGGAAUGUGCCCCACAGGACCCGUAAAUGGCUCUAAAGAGACAGUGACCCUGAUGCUCAGCCUCUUCGCCCUCAUCCCCUUCUCUGGGGCAUGUCUCCAGAAAUUGCUGGGGGCCGCAGACAGUGCCCAUUCGGGUAACCUGGGGCCUUCUGGCUCUGGACUAGAGCAGAAACACAGAUGUGGGAGAAGGUGCCCAGUGCUUAAGGAAGGCAAAUGAGGCCUUACAGGGUUAAGUGUCCCCUCCCACUCAGCCCCGGGCCCAUAGACAGGGGAUCCUGUCAUGCCUCCAGCCGCCCACUCUGGGACAUGGAGGCCCCAGGCUGGGAAGUGCUUGUGCUUGUCCUCAGCUGGCUGAAGCCUGGCCUUCACCCAGCCUGGUCUCGCUGCCCAAGCGGCUCCUAGCUUUGAUGAGAAAUUCUCUUAUCUCAACAGGAGGGGGAAAGCCUCAAACAAGAAGUCCAGCAGGUUAUCUCUCUUUUGCCCCAAGUGGUGGCUUACUAUGCACUGUGAUGUGAUCACUGAUAAAAUAUUAACAGGCUGUUUGUUAUCAGGCACAGCAAUACAGAAGCUAAUUUGACCACCGCUGCCCCCCACCCCCGCCCCCACACACAUACACUUCACAAAACCUGCCACUUUCCUAGGAAUUGCAGCUCAGGAAUUCCUAGUUAAGUCUUGCCUACUAUUCCAUGUUCUGGGCCUCAUUUCUCCACAAGGCAAGCAGGAGCGUCUUAGGGCUUGACAAAGCAGAAAGUCACCACACAAGGGCAAAUCAUCAGGCCCUGCUUUAGUGUCAUCCACGAAGUCCCAUUCCUCCAGAAUGGCACCCUUACCACUUCGUAAGUCACUUCCUAGGAGGGCUUUGAAGAACUUUCUAUUUGAAAACAUGGCCUUGUGGCGAUAACAUUGAGAAAACUCACAUGCUUUCAGAUAUUAGAAAGUAUAAUGGGAUGUAGAACUAGAUGCCAAAUGAGUAUGAGUACUGCGGCAGGCGACCCAGCAUUUCAGUGGUAGCUCCUUUUCUCCAAUAGUACUUUGGAGUCUGUGAUACUUUGACCAAGUGCUGUAUGGGUUGCUCAGGACAAAGGCCAGUCACACCAGACGUACAAAGAGAAGAUGCUCUUUGCAGCCUUUCACUUGGAUGUACUUCUCGGAUUACCCAAUGGGGUGCAAAAGGGUGGGUCAGCAUCUCCCACAAAAGAUACUUGAUGAUACUGUGAAGACCUUACCCCCUUGGGUUAAAGGCACUGACUGUCUUCAUUAAAAAGCAAGUAUAUUUUAUGGGACAGAAAACGCAUUCAGCCAACGACUGACCAUCAACACCAGAAUUUCUACUAGUUUCUUGCUUUGGCCCUAAAAAGAGCCAGAAUGAGAAGAUGAGUUCAAUGAUUUUUAAAAAACAGAACACUGAUUCAGAGACAAUGGCCACUGGAAUUCCGGGCAGCAGGGGACUUCCCUGAGUAACACAAGCACCCUUCAACUAAAUGAUUCAACAGCUUCAGAAAUGGAGACGAAGUAGAAACCAAGAAAAAGGCAGACAAGAUGAGAAAGGUGGUGCCAUCUUCCCCUUGGCAAUUUGAGUCAGCUCGGGUGGUUAAUUUUACUCCUCUGAGUGUAAUAAUAAACCAAUAUGUUCUCAAGUGUCACUUUCUCACUCCCCAAGAGACUUGCCCAACUCAGCAUUCUCGGGGGUGGGGGUGGGGGAUGAAGGUGGAGGGGUGGUGCAAAGGAGCCAGUGGGAACACUCACAGGCAGAGGCCAACAAGUCCAAGACCUCCUGGACUGUAAGAAUAGCAUCUGGAGGGCUGUUUUGAUUAUCUGGAAAGCUGCCAAGUGACAGCCCUGAGUGAAAAACCCAGUCAAGAGGAAAUGAAUUCCCAUGUUGUUUGAAGGGAUAUUCAUUACAUAAGUGAACAAUUUCCUGAUCAU